GUGUUUUUGGUGUGGUUAAAUUUUAUUGAAGUUAUCAAGAUAACCAUGUACACCAAUUUUACUUCAGGUGAUUCCGUAUCAUUCGAUUACGGCCACGGACAAGGGGGUGGAACAGGGGGAAGUACUACUACAGGCACUGAGCAGGAGAAUUUUACUGGUGAUGAAGUCUCGAAAGCCCCGGCUGCUGCUGUUGAAAAAGUUAAAACUGAAACCCCUAAACUUCUGAGAGAUGGACCAACUUUCCCGGAUGAGUUUUUUUGUCAUGUAUGUGAUGCCAAGUGUACAAGUGAUGUCGUAUACCAACAGCAUUUGAAAGGAGCAAGACACAAGAAGGUACAGUCAGAUACAUGUUAUCAAGUCAUUGAGUGUUCUUCAAUAACAAAGUGCCUUCUUUUCUAG